AUGGGUGGGGAGGAGAUGGCCACACUGUCCAUCUUCUACUCUGAUGGGUACUCCUCCAUCGACAGGGAGGCACUCAGAGAUGAGUGGAUUGCCUACCGACAGCAGCUGGGCAACUAUCAUCAGAAAACUCCAUGGACUGAUGUGACACUUCCUCAAGUGAUUGACAUCCCAUUCAGCUCAUCCCAGACACCCAGUGUUCCACAUGUGACUGUUGUGCCACAACCCCUCUUUUCUCAGAAUGACUGUCUGGACCUGAGAGAAAUCCCUGGAUGGAAGGCAGUCGAUGACCUAGCCGGGUACCUUGUCAGCCUGAACCAUAGCAUUACUGCUUUGUCCACCUCUGAAAUAGCAGAGAUACGGCGGCUGUACUCCCACUUGCAUGCCAUCGACCAGUCACCUACCACAUAUUCUCUCAAGUCCAAGAAGAAGACUUUGCCAGGGUUGUGGAGAGCGUCUUGGAAAUGUAGUGGCUCGGCACCUGGCCAGCAAGCAGCUGAAAGACUCUUCAUGGUACACAGCCAGGCUGCCCACAGACCUGAUGUGAAUAGGGUGUCAGAAUGUGUGGCACUGAAACUUUUCAAAGAGUUCAGGGAAGCCGGAAGUAGGCCCAAGGACAACAGAGGCAAAACUUUUGAUAUCUAG